AAAGGGGAAAGGGAGAGAGAGGAAGGGGAUGGACGGGAGAGAGAAGAAAAAAAGGGGGUGGGGACGGCCAGGGGGGCUGCGAGAGGGACCACGCGCACGAAAGCUGCGAGUACCCAAGAAUAGCCGUGCCGUCCAAGCACAGCGCGUGGCCCCGCCCGCUCUCGCCCAGGCCCCCCCCCUAGAGCCCCGUCCUGGCCCCUGCCCGCAAAAGGGAGAGGCACCUGGGCCCUGCGAGAAACAAAACAUCGUGCGCCUCGCGCCGAGAGCGCCCGCCCGCCAGCCAGCCAACCAGCUGCGCCGAACGCCCCGUAUCCGUAGCGGAGCGAGCUGGCGGCAUAAACUGCGGAGCCACCGCGCCAGAGCCGGGGGGGCACGCCCGGCCGCAGCACCGCCAGUGGAGAGGCGCUAUCGCGACCAUCGUGGCGGGCAGCGAUCGCAGGCAGCCGUAUCUGCCUGGCCGUGCCCUCCUUCUCGCGCCGCCAGCACCCGUAUCGCCAUCGCUGCCGUCGUUUUCACUGUCCGGGGGCACGUCGCGUCCGUGUGCUGGGAGCUGGGCAGGCCAACCUACCACGCCCGCCUAUCGCGAGCCGGAGCCCGAGGCGCUCGCUCCCCCUCGUCCUUCUCGCCUCGCUGCCUGCUCUCCUUCGACAUAGCAUGCCUGGCCGUCCCUCGUCCAUUACUCCUGGCUGCCAGGCACCCCCCCACACCAGUCUCUCUCUCCACCACCUACAGCCUCCACCCCCCCCUUUUAUCCCUUCUCCUUCUCCUCAGCCCCUAUAUCCAUCCGCAGCUACGCCGAUCCUACGAGAGAACGAGACAAGACGGGGCACCAUCACGAGCACGAGCAUGCAGAAGAACCGGGCGUAGAGCAGGCAGGAACCGAAAAUUCUAUUACCGUCCCUCGACGUCGUCUAUAGCACCCCGUCCACCCGCUCCCUGGGGAAUAGGAGCCUGCGAAACGAAACGAAACUCCCCCCCCCCCCAAAAAAAAAUUCAUCCCAAAGACAAGAAAAAGGUCAGGAACCCCGCCUAGGCACAGCUAUCGCCCGUCCCCUCACGUGCGGAACGCUCUCGGCGUCGGAGCCCAGGGGCGCGGGCGUCAGGGGAGCCGUGGUGGCGGAUAGUAAUGUCGCGCAGGAGGGCCGCGCGCGGGCGCGCGGGGGGGUCGGGCGGCAGCGGCGACACCGUCUGCGUGUGCGGGGACUCGGGUGGCGGCCGCGGCGGC